AUCGAUCCGGACUAACUCAUUUGCUGCACUCAAAUUUAUACAGUACAUGCAGUUGAAAGAAGAUCAAAUUCGGUGACACAAUCCAUGAAUAGUGCUGCCGCUGCCUCGAAGAUCGCCGUCAUUGGCUGCGGAAUUUCUGGAGCUGUAUGCGCGUCGAGUCUGGCCAGAAAUGGAGUAUCAGUCGCCGUCUUCGAGACCGCUAGAGGCCCCGGCGGAAGAAUGUCUGAGAGAAAAGAAACUACGGAAGACGGAAAGGAGAUGUUAUUCGAUCAUGGCGCUCCAUACUUCCAUGUCAGUAACCCCGACGUGCUAGGUCUUGUACGAGAUUGGGAAGCUCGAGGAAUUGUUUCCCAAUGGAAAGACAAUUUUGGAUCCUUUGAUUGCCUCUCUAAACAAUUCACUGACAUUGAAAAGGAAGGAUUGAGCAUUAAAUAUGUGGGUGUUCCAGGAAUGAACUCUAUUUGUAAAGCUUUAUGCAAUGAAUCUGGAGUGGAAAGCAAGUUCCGAACAUGUGUUGGGAAAGUAGAGUGGCUUGAAGAAGAGGAUUUAUGGUCACUAACUAGUGUAGAUGGACAAAGCCUUGGUCACUUUAAGGGUGUUGUUGCUUCAGACAAAAAUAUAAUCUCCGACAGGUUCACAACUGUCACAGGACGUCUACCUCCCAUUGAUCUGACUUUAGUACCUGAGUUAGCAACAAAGAUCAAUGAAAUCCCAGUUAACCCAUGUUUUGCUCUCAUGUUGACAUUUGGAGAGCCUUUAAGAUCUAUACCUUUCAAAGCAUUCUCUUUCGAACAUUCUGAAACACUUAGCUGGGCUUUCUGCAAUUCGAGCAAGCCAGGACGUCCUAAAACAAGUGAAUGUUGUUGGGUAGUACACUCAACAGCGCAGUAUGCAAAGGAAGUAAUUGCGAAAGUAGGACUUGGAAUGCUAUCUAAUACUGUAUUUAGUCAAAUAGCUGAAGAACUAUUUCAAGAAUUUCAGAAAACUGCAGCUGACAUUCCUCAUCCCUUGUUCAUGAAAGCACAUAGAUGGGGGAGUGCUUUUCCGGCUGUAAGUGUCGAAAGAGAGGAAAAGUGUUUGUGGGAUGGGAAGAAGAGAUUGGCUUUUUGCGGAGACUUUUGCGUUAGCCCAAAUGUGGAAGGCGCUAUUAUAAGCGGUUUGGCUGCAGCUUCAAAGUUUGUGGAUAUUGCCAGUUGCUUAUAAAUUACCAAAUAAUAGAACAAACAAUGAUUUCUUUCUGUUGUAAUGUCUCCAAUCUUUCUCAUUUAUCAUCGAUUUUUCAGAUAAAUUUAACUUUGGCACUA